CAGCCGCCAGCCUUCAGUCUAUCGCAAGAGGUCGUUGAUACAAGACGCACCUCUCCGACGCCAUUAUUUUUUUUAUAUAUAAAACUUAAAAAAUAAAUAAAUAAAAAUAUGCAAGUGCUCGUUUUGGGGACCUGCGUCCUCCUAUUCCUCGCCGUCGUCGCAAACGCUCAAUUCAAGUGCCCCAAUAAAGACGGCCAAUACGAGGACUCGCGCCAGUGCGACAAAUACUACGACUGUACCGACGGUAUCCCCGUGGAAAAACUAUGCCCUGAUGGUCUAGUAUUCGACCCGCUGAUCCGCAAACGUAACAAAUGCGACCAGCCCUUCAACGUCGACUGCGGAGACCGUACCGAACUACAGAACCCGCAGCCUCGAGGUCCCUGCCCCAGGAGGAACGGGUUCUUCGCUCACGAGGACCCAACCGUUUGCAACAAGUUCUACAACUGCAUCGAAGGGGAAUACACCGAGAUCACCUGCACCAACGGUCUGCACUUUGACGAAUAUUCCGGCACCUGCGUGUGGCCAGAUUCCGCCGGUAGACAAGGAUGCAAACGCACUGGUAACGUGCUGAAGGACGGUUUCGAGUGCCCGAAGGAGUCGCAAAAGGACGCCAACGGUAACCUGGUGGUGCAUCCUAAGUACGCCCAUCCCACCGACUGUCAGAGGUUCUACGUGUGCUUAAACGGAGUGGAACCCAGGGAUUUGGGCUGCAUCGUGGGCGAGGUCUACAACGAGGAGACCCAGAGGUGUGACGCACCUGAAAACGUGGUCGGAUGCGAGGACUGGUACAAGGACGAUCCAGCGGUGCCCGUAGGAAAACAGUCGAAGAAAAACUAGUGUGCCUCCGGUUAUUGUUUUGUUUUUUUUUUUAAUUUAUUGUCGUAGCGUCGAGUUUUCCCCUUUUCUGUCUCCUUACCGCUCUUCCUGCCGAAUAUGACGACGCAGUGUCCUCGACGGGUAUGCAACACAUUAUACUGUGUUAAUUAUUUUGUAACAACGAUGUUGCGAACCGUUAGUCACAUCGAUUUGUAAAUAAACACCACGUAAAUGCAAACGAACAAAUAAAAAUAGUAAAACUUGGAA